GGGGGGAAGUUCCGGUUGGCCCGAGCCGAUCUGCGGAUGUGAGAGUCGGUCAGGAUCCUCUCGCGGAGCCGGAGCUGGAGCCGGAGCCAGAGCCGGAACCGGGGCAGGGACUGCCGCCGGAUCCUCAAGAGUGACUGAUCUAUGAAAUGGCAGAGAAUGGAAAAAAUUGUGAACAGAGACUUACAGGGAUGAGCAAGGAACAGCACAACGGAAACUUCACAGACCCCUCUUCACUGAAUGAAAGGAAGAGACGGGAUCGGGAAGAAAGGCAGAAUAUUGUCCUGUGGAGGCAGCCACUCAUUACCUUGCAGUAUUUUUUUCUGGAAAUCCUAAUAAACUUGAAGGAAUGGACCGUAAAAUUGUGGCAUCGUCGAAGCAUUGUGGUGUCUUUUUUAGUACUGCUUGCUGUGCUUACAGCUACGUAUUAUAUUGAAGGAACACAUCAACAGUAUGUGAAAUAUAUGGAGAAAAAGAUUCUUUGGUGUGCCUACUGGGUAGGCUUAGGAAUUCUGUCUUCUGUUGGUCUUGGAACAGGUCUACAUACUUUUCUGCUUUAUCUGGGCCCACAUAUAGCUUCAGUUACACUAGCUGCGUAUGAAUGCAACUCGGUUAAUUUCCCAGAACCACCAUAUCCUGAUCAGAUUAUUUGUCCAGAUGAAGAGGGUAUUGAAGGAUCUAUUUCUUUAUGGACCAUCAUGUCAAAAGUUAGACUUGAAGCCUGCAUGUGGGGAGCUGGCACAGCCAUUGGAGAGCUACCCCCUUAUUUCAUGGCCAGGGCAGCGCGGCUGUCAGGUGCUGAACCUGAUGAUGAGGAGUACCAGGAAUUUGAAGAGAUGCUGGAACAUGCACAGUCUGCACAAGACUUUGCGUCUCGGGCUAAGUUAGCAGUUCAGAACAUGGUACAGAAGGUUGGAUUUUUUGGAAUUUUGGCCUGUGCUUCAAUUCCAAACCCUCUCUUUGAUCUGGCAGGAAUAACAUGUGGACAUUUCCUUGUUCCCUUUUGGACCUUCUUUGGUGCAACCCUUAUUGGGAAAGCAGUAGUUAAGAUGCACAUCCAGAAACUCUUCGUUAUUAUAACUUUCAGCAAACACAUAGUGGAACAGAUGGUGGCUCUCAUUGGGGCUGUCCCCAGUCUAGGUCCUUCUCUGCAGAAACCUUUCCAAGAGUAUUUGGAGGCUCAGCGACAGAAGCUUCACCACAAGACAGAGGAGGGUAUGCCGCAGGGGGCAAACUGGUUAUCCUGGAUGUUUGAAAACCUAGUCAUUGUCAUGGUGUGCUACUUCAUCCUAUCCAUCAUCAAUUCCAUGGCACAAAGCUAUGCCAAGCGAAUCCAGCAGCAAAUGUACUCAGAGGAAAAAACCAAAUGAGACCAAGAGAUACAAUUUAACAAGCUCAUUCACAGAAACUAUAAUUGAUGGGGUCUACUUAAAUUGGCACUAUUGUAAACAGGGAAAUGGUUUACAAUUUACAAAUUUUACUAUUUUCAACCAUUUUCCAAACCAAUAAUUUUUUCCGGGGCGGGGGGAGUGAAGAAAAAUUUUGUUUUUGAAAGCAAUUAGUCCAUACUUUUCAUUGACAGAUUUUUAUGUAAAGGUAAGGUAUAUAUAUAGUCUUCUUAAUUCAGUCUGAGUUGGGUUUUCUGAGUUGGAUGGUGUGUGGCAUUUACUUUCAUUUUAAGUUACUUCCAAAAUUAAUGCACGGCGUAUAAUUAGAGACUUCAAGCCACCUCCCUCAAAAAAAAUUUUUUAUAUUAAGUUUAUUUGGCUUGGCGUAAGUGGACAUUUUCUUUUUCUAAAUCAUCAAAAUGUAUAUAAAUGAUAAUAGAUUGGAUAACAGUCUUGCAUGUCUGUCAUGAUGAUAUUUCAUAUUCCAUCCUGCCCAGCCCUCCCUCCUCACCCAAUCAGAAAAAAAAAAUGUCAUUUUAUGAUGCAUUGCACACCUUUGGGGUGCCUUUUACAUUUUAAGACAGUGUAAACAAAAUCUGGCUGGUGCCUCAUAAAUGAGCUGGCACCAUUUUUUAUUCUGUAUAUUUAGAAUGAAGUCACCAAAAAAGAAAAAAACUUUAUAAAGUCAUCUUUAAUCAUUCCAGAAAUGUGUCUGUCUUCUUGAGUGUUUUUUUUUCACUGUCUUUUAGCUUUUACCACUUGACUGGCUGCCUUGUCCUGCCUGCAAUCUCUGUGUCUGAUAUCUCCAACUAACCCAAGAGAAAAACCCAGUGCUUUGAUACCUUUUGUAUUUUAAAUUGUAGGCCAGAAGAAUGUUGCUCAAAUUAGGAACUUUGCCUUGCAAAGAAUCUUGGUUGGCAGUUUGGGAAAUAGUUGUCUGUUGAUUUACUUAAAUAGAAAAAGGUGUCAGGUUUAACAGGCAUGAUUUACUUUCAUGAUAUCAGACCAUAUAAGAGGAAUUAUUUCAUUUUUUUAAAAUGUCACACUUAUACUAUGAUUUUUUUAAAGUUACAUAAGCUCUGAUUCUAACAACCAUGAAGUUGUUCCCUCCUCUAGUUAUUUCGAUUUGUAUGAUGUUGCUUCCAGAGAUUUCUGGCAGAUGAGACCUGGUCCUUUCAUAUUACCUUUGAGGGAAAUGAUCAUUCUUUUUUCCUUUAGGAAAAACAAUCUGGAGUAUUUGUUUAGAACAGAAUUUGGGUUUUAACCAAGCCGACAGGUCACAUUUUCCCUCAGGCUCAUUUCAAGUGAUAUUGGUUUAUGUAUGUUCCAUCAAAUCCUGCUUGAAUAUCCACUUUGUACCUAUCGUCGUCCGUGACAUCUCCAUGGCUGUACCAUCCUGUCGGAUAGCUUAUCAGACUGAUGUUGACUGUUGGAUCUCAUGGCAACAGCAGUCGAUGGGCUGUCUGACAUUUUGGUAUCUUUCAUCAGACCAUCCACAUCAAACUUUGUUCCCAUUCAAACAUCAACCAGCAUCAUGGUUUAAAUCCAGGACUUGAGUACAUGGCAACAUUUUGGUGCCACAGUGGAGCAGCAUAAAGGGAGACAGAUUUGGAAGAUUUUUGAUAUUAUCUUCCAUGACCCAACUCAGUAAAUAAGUUAAAAGGUUUGUUAUGCAAAAAGAUAGCUUCUUUUUUGAAUAUCCAAAAUUAAGUUUGUGGUUUUAGAAGGGCUAUUGCUUUCUUAUUGUGCAUGUUUCCCUCCUCCUCCACCCCCUCAAGGAAUUUUUUAAAAGUGUAAUUUUGCAUUGGGUCUUAAAGAGAUCUUCUGGUGCACUAAAGAACUCGAUCCAAAGGGAUAUCAUGACUCCACAUGGGAACUAGAAAGAGCAGUUGAGCAGAACUGUAAUGUCAGAUCACUGAGGGCCAGAGAGAGGUUAAAGACCUUUCCAAAGUCACAUAACAAUAGGGAUUCAACUUUUAUCUAUAAAAGUGAAGAUUUGGAUUUUUGUUGUUACUUUCCAGGUUUGAUUUACAGGUUUGAUCCAUUGUUUGAUUUACAUUUCAGAGUUUGGUGACUCUGUUAAUAAGCCUGUUCUUCAGAGUGACUUGGGUUUUCUGGUAGUUUUUUUCUUUACUAAAACAUUUUCUAGCCCUUGAAGUCUCAUUCAUCUGAAUUUUGAGUGUGCUUUCAGAAGGCAAGAAAUCAUGCCAUUUGCAUUUAUACACAUCAGUGGGGGGUUUGAGGUGAAUUCUGUAGUGACAACUUUCUGUUUUCUAGACCUGCAUGGAAACUGUUAGAUGAUUCAGCUUAUGGAUAAUCCAAAUGAAUCAAUCUUGAAUGCAAUAGCUGCUGCCUGCAUAAUCAUCUGUAAAUAAUCAGAUGUCCCUGUGUCCACUAAAGUAGACAAAUUAAAAGUGGUCCCUGGAUUUUCUUUCUUAGCAAGCAGUGGAGGAUUUCUGUGUAUGAGUGGUGCCUGACUUAGUGGGAAGAAUGGGUUUACAAAUGGAUGUCUUUAUAUCUGUACAAAUUAAAAUAAGAACUUGUCAGUA